GCGCCGCUGAGGCGGUGCCGCUGCGCGGGGCGGUCCGCCGGCAGAGCCGUACCGCUGCGCAGCUCUCGUCCCCGUAGCGCGGGGCGGCUGCGACAGCCGGGCGGGGUGUGCCUCGCGGGGCCGUGCCCCGGGAAGGGAAGGAGCCAGUCGCGGCGGCGGAGAACGCCGUGUGGAAGCCGUAGAGAGCGGUGAAAGGCUCGGCCGUGCGCGUUGCGCUGGCGGCGCUGCCCGUUCGUGCGUUAAACGUGAAGCGGUGCCAUCCUCCCAAACACGGGGACAACGUGCAGAGAAACGGAGCUGGCUUUCGUGCUGCCCGCGCCACGCAGCCGCUGCUGUAGCUGUUCCCUUGCAGCGGUACGGUCUGUCAGCUUCCUAUGACCGUAUCUCGCACUGCGUACCCUUCACGUUCCGUUUACAUCCUUACGAUGUAUUCGCAGUGUUAAAAUAGUCCUGCUAAGUGAACCAGCCGUUUUUAAACAACUUUUUAGAAAUGAUACAGUUCUCAAUGGAGGGCAAGAGCAAUUACCGAGAGGUGCAUUCAGCGUGAAGAAAUUCAGUAGCUGUGAAAAAUAACCCCCAAAUACAUGCUGCUGCUGGGAAGGCACUGAGUGACCACGGGGCAGCGCAGCAGUGGGAGCGGUGCCUGCAUCCUGGGAGGCACUUGGCUUUGCUUUGGAGGCCUCCGCCAGGCUCACAGAAACAUACAGGACAGCCCACUGCAGCUCACGCUUCUGCAUUUUCCUGAAGAAGUAAGCUUCUCUGGACAGGGGCCAAGCCCAGCACCUUCUGGUGGAGUCCGUUCUUCAGAUACAAUCUAGAGAAGCAGGCACUUGGCUUCCUGUGGCAUUCUGAUGACCAGGAUUUCUCCUUUGCAAGUCCCUGUGCUGAGCCAUACCUUCUCAAGAAGUUUCUUCAACAUUGCUGCACCGCUAGUAAAUAAAAGAAAAGAAUACUCUGAAAGAAGAAUUAUAGGUUAUUCUAUGCAAGAAAUGUAUGAAGUCGUUGCUGUUGUGGAGAACUACAAGCUCUUUGUGCCUUGGUGUAAAAAGUCAGAUGUGUUAUCGAAGCGCACUGGGUACUGCAAAGCACAGCUAGAAAUAGGCUUCCCUCCUGUAGUAGAACGGUACACAUCGGUUGUUACCCUGGUGAGACCACAUCUAGUUAAGGCAUCCUGCACCGAUGGAAAGCUAUUUAAUCACUUGGAAACAGUAUGGCGCUUCAGCCCAGGUAUCCCUGCCUAUCCAAGGACGUGUACAUUGGAUUUUGCAAUUUCUUUUGAAUUUCGUUCACUUCUACACUCGCAACUUGCUACACUGUUUUUUGAUGAAGUGGUAAAGCAGAUGGUUGCUGCCUUUGAAAGAAGAGCAUCCAAACUCCAUGGCCCUGAAACAAGCAUACCUCGGGAGCUAAUGCUUCAUGAAGUUCAUCAAACGUAACAGGGAAAAUUUCAACAUCCUCCACCAUAAACAUUUUUUUUGUACACCCCAUUUGUACAAGUGGUAUUAUGCUCCUUUUGGGGCACCUAUUUCAUAUCUGAGCUUUGUGUGUAUUUUCUACUGUACAAAACACGCACAUGUUCAGCUGAAUGUAUGUAUUCUAUUCAAGCUACUAUCAAGUGCAAUUCAGAGUAUUAUCAGUAACAAUCAUUAGCAUGUAAUGUAAUGCAAGGUAACUCAGGCUACCAUUUAUUAAUCUGCUAAACUGUUUCUGUAAUCAGUUCUUCUGCCUUAUCCAAGCUAGUCUUUUUUCGGUGUUGUAAUAUAUUAACUCAAGUUUUA